AUGGCUCCCACCAAGCGCUCCUCCGGUUCAGCACCUCUUGCCCCAAAGCGCCCACGACUCCCAAGACGACCUGAAGAACAUGAAGAUUUACUGACUGACAAGUCUGAGAUACCUUGCCGACCAUUGACUCCACUGCCAGCCCGCACUCGGAGUAGUCAGUCGACAACCGCCCCAAUAGCGCGUAAAGGGCUUCUGUGUUCUACCGACACAUCCACUGGAAGAAGCAGCCCUAGAAGGGUAGAAUUCCAUCUCCCCGAUGGCAAUACUGACAGCGUUGAAGUGCAGGAGCAUCAGGAGGAUGUGCCAGAGGUGGAGGAAACCACCGAUACCAGCCACUCGGAGUAUGAUGACUCCCCAGAGAAUGCCCAGGAGAGCUCUGAGGAGAAUCUGGAUGACCCAGAGGAGUCGGAAGAACCUCAAGCCUCCACUCAGCAGAGAUCCCAGAGUACGGGGAAGAGGCCUCGUACAGUGCAGCCGACUACUGCCAGAGCACUGGGCAAUGCUCGGAGGAGACCAACCGGAGUGGUAGCGGAGGUUAUUGCUUCCUCCGACGUGUCGGUGGAUGUGGUACAGAGGGGAGCACGUCCGGGUGCAAAGGUAGUACGGAGAGCAGCUCCCACUUCGGCACCCAGCCAGAAUGCAUCCCAGAGAGCACCGCCAAUACCCACACAGUCUAGGCCUUCUGAACCUGUUUAUUAUCAUGAUUACAGCUCUUCGAAGCGCCAUAUCGAUCUUUCCUCAUUGCGCUCUCGAUACGGGGAGUCCUCACCUACUUACCGCCCCUAUCGUUCCUCCCCGCCUUUUGAGGGCAUUGGCGAGAGCUCUAUGAGCAGUCCCCUGAUUCCCUCAAGCCCUCAGGUAUAUUUACCAGAAGCGCAACCAAGAGUCUACGAUAUUGCACAGCUUUCGUCGUCUAUUAGGGAAGGAAAUGCUCCUAUAGCAGAAAGCGAGGUUAGUAGUAUUCCCGAUAGCACUGACGACCACUUUGAGAGCACUGUUAACAUUCAUGCGAGCAACCUAUCUCAGAGAUCCUUGUUACCUAGCUCGAGGAGUGCAAACGUUCUCUCAAUGCAGGCUCAGAGGAUUGAGAAGGAGUGCAGCACGCUAAUCGGGGACCACACUCUUCUACAUGAGCCUUUUCCACCUGCAGCGAGGCUUUCGGUACUGGUAGUGAACAUGUGGGCAGCUGCCAGUCGCAGGGUGGGAUGUGCGGUAGAUCUGGACGAGGUCGUUAUCAAACAGGUCAGAAGUCUACACUCCCGAGUCCGUUCGCACUUGAUGCACGAGGUUAAAGGGCGCCUGGCGGAUUCGACCAUCUAUGGGCUUGAAAAGCUCUCGAGUCCUGAGACCUACCGUCUACGGUUUCUUGCGCCAGAGAUUAUCGACAUAUUGUACUAUAAAUACUUUGAUGGGGUCAGGAUGCGAGGGGUAAAAGACCCCGAGUUCCUAGAGCGGAUUACCCCUACAUUUAUUUGCCUGAUAUCCACUGCAAUUUGGCAUGGCAUUCGGGCAUGGUCAACGGGAAUAUACGUGAAGCCUGACCAUUUCCAGUCACAGAAUGAGAGUGUUGUCAAAACGUUCAACAGGAUGAGCAACACAUGGAAGGGGAGGAGUAGGCAGAAUCAGGAGGCAACGUUGGAGGUGAUCAAGGAUAACCUCCGGGAGAAGAUACGAGAGAAGAAGGGUAUCACUAUUGAGGUGAUACCGGAAGAUGGAUUUAGCGAGGACGACGAAGCGUUAGCGGCGGAUCUUGCGGCAUUCCGAAAUGCUCGGAGAGCACCCCCGAGUGCUCCAGGGGAUAACUCCGACAACGGUGGCGGCCAGGAAGAGGUGGUUCAGGCUCAACUUCGGGGCAUUGAAGCGGAAGAGGAAGGCGAGGAGGAUGAAGAUGAGGAUCGCGAGGGAGGGGAGGAGGAAAAGGAUCUGUAG